UCUCUAUCUGCACCACACAGACGCAACACAUGAUAGGCUACCACUUGGGGAGCGUAUUCAAUUUACUAUAAUCUAUAAUGUAAAAUCUGUCAUGGUGGCUUUAUCGGACAGUUUUCUAUCCUUGGCUGGCUGGCUGAAUGAUAACUUUUAUAUACCUAAACGAAUUGUCGACGCGGACUUCUUUUGGAAUAGGACUGACUACCUGUUGCAUUUUUUUUUUGCUUUUCAUAUUCGAAUCAUGUGGAAGUGUUGAGAUGAGGACGAAAGUGGAUUUGGUUCCGCGUAUAAAUUGUUAAAUAGUGAGGCUACCGUAGUUUCGUGCCACAUGUUUUUUCUUCGAUGCGUUUAGUUGAUAUGGCGACAGUUGACUCAACUCGAUGAAACUUCAUCGGCGGCGUGUCCCUGUUGAACACUGCAGCCUGAAGACAUCGGUGUCACGCACCAAGAACUGUCAUUGUACAGCCAUCCGUAGGUUAGCCGACGUUGAAAGGAGAGAGAAGAGGAACUUACAUUUAAAAAACUUUUUUAUUACCUCAACUAAAUUAUGACUUCGGUUUGGAAAAGAUUACAACGCGUUGGCAAGAAAGCGUCAAAAUUCCAGUUUGUGGCGUCCUAUCAAGAACUUGUGUUGGAAUGCACUAAGAAAUGGCAACCAGAUAAAGUGAGGGUGGUUUGGACCAGAAGAAAUAGGCGUAUGUGUUCCAAGCUUCAUGGAUGGCAGCCGGGCAUCAAGAACCCAUACAGGGGGAUGGUGGUGUGGCCCGUACCUGAAAAUGUGGACAUCUCCCUCACACUCUUCAGGGAUCCCCAUUCCGACGUGUUUGAAGACAAAGACUGGACGUUUGUCAUUGAGAGUGAGACGAAGGGUCAGCGUAAGGUGUUGGCUUCAGUGGACGUGAACAUGAAGAAGUUUGCCAGUCCCACUCCCACUCAGCAAGACCUGACAUUGAAGCUGAAGCCGCUGUCUGUCAAGGUGCUGGAGGCCACUCUGAAGCUCUCCCUGUCCUGUGUGUUUCUCAGAGAAGGGAAAGCCACUGACGAGGACAUGCAGAGUCUGGCCAGUCUGAUGAGCGUCAAACCCACAGACAUCGGUAACCUUGACGACUUCAACGAGAGCGACGAGGAGGACGACAGGAGGUUCAGUGCUGGAGCUAGCAUUAGCAAAGCGGCCGCAGCUCCUCCUGCUCGUCCAGUGCGCCUCCCGGAAAGGAGGCCUUCUCUAAAACAUCCCCCUGUCAUAGCCUGUGGGAAAGAGAGUGGCAAAGCUGGCACUGUCCCUGUCCUCCAUUCAAGGCCCCCCCUGCCUGUCCCCCUGACCCCCUCUCCCCGUCUUCAAACCCGCUCCAGACAUGCACGCUCUGUGCCACCCUCCCCUGAGCCCCCCAGGCCACCAGUGCCCCCAGUCCCCCUGGUGCCCUCAUCCUCAGUGCCAUUAGGGCCCCUAGGACCCCCAGUUCCCUCAGUGCCAUUAGGGCCCCUAGGACCCCCAGUUCCCUCAUUACCAGUGUUUCCCCGCCAUCAACCACCCUCCGUAUCAUCAGCGCCCUCACUGCCUGCCUUUACCCACUAUCAACCACCAGCACUGCCCAAAAUCUUCCGUCCCAGCAGCGGCUCAGCGCCUGUGUCUUUUCUGAGUAGUCUCCCGGGGGCUUUGUGUGGCCCUGCAGUGGAUUUGAAGCCCCGGGGUGUUGGUCAAGUGGCCCCCGAUCGGCCCCAGUUUAGACCAGCUGAGCCCCUGGCCUCUGGCCUCUCUCAACACCCCUCUCUACCCUCCGGCCCACAGAGAGGUACCGGAUGCAUGGAAGCUCGCUCAAAUGUCUUCCGUCCUCAGAUUGUAUCGACUCAACAGCGUCCAUCCUCCCCCUCUAUCUUUUCCUCUGCUGCAUCUCUUCAAGACAAAAACACUGCUACUACUGCCCUGUCUCAGGCAGAGCCAUCCCUACCCGAACCUCAGCCCCCCAACACCCCGCCAACCUCCAUCCGGCAAAGGGAGUGGGUGAGGCCCAGGCCUGUGUCAGUCCCCAGUGGCCCCUCUGUCUCUGGCCUGUCCCCCUCCUAUACCUGUCCCUCUCCCAGGGAUUCCAUGGCCCCUGUCCCUCUGCUGACUAGCCCAGACCUGGAUGCUCUGUGUGACCCUCACUGUCCUCCUUCCAUCCCUUUCCCUAAGUCCUCACCUCCCGUCAAGUGUCUUUUCUCUCGCAACCCUCCCUCUCCUCGCUCUAACAACCACUGUAAACGUGCCCUAGUCGUUGCCCCUCUCUCUGACCCUCUACCCAAGCCUGUCCCUUUGCUUCCUGCGACCGUCCGUGCCUCUGCUUCUGCAGCUCUCACUGCCUCCCAGUCAGAGAUCCAGAGGGAGUUAAAUACUCUCACAGAAGAGGAAUACCACAGUCCUGCUACACUUGGGCCGAAACUGUCAGAGCAGCAGAGCCUGUCUGUCUCAAGUGAGACCCUUCCCCUGGCCCUGAACAGAGGGGACGAGUCUCUCCACUCGCCCAGAACUGCUGGCACCAUCAGGAUCGCCAACCAACAAGCCUCUGCGUCCCUGGAGAGAGACCGGGAGAGCCGACCGGAGUCAGAGAAAGCCGUGGCGUUGAAAGAUGGCGGGACCAUUAAAGGUUCUGGGCAAGAUGGCAGCCCAGCAACUGGUAUCCCUGGCCCUACGCCCACAGAAGUCUCUGAAUCAGCAGAGCUUAUUCCAGCGCUCCCUCCUCCAUGGCCUUUCUCUAGCCCGGAGACAGAAGCACCAGAGAGCACUACCCCUAAAGAGCCUUCUACCAACAUCCUGGGAGCAUUUAAUGUUGAUAACCCGCCAUUGGCCGGAAAGAAGUCUGGCUUCAAACAGACAUCCAAUGAGACCAAGGAAGUGCCUUAUCAACCUGCCAAGCCAGAGGACUCCUCUCCCUCGACCCUGGACAAAACACCUUUUAUUGCAGACAAGCCGCCAUUGGCUGAGCCUGAGCUCGACUUUGAUGACCUAAUCAUAGAGAUGCCUGAUCCAUCAGUCACGGCAGGUAACUUGUUUUUGGAGGACAACGCGGGCGAAGAGGGAUCAAAAGCGGACACAAUAAAGAGGUCGCCAUUCAGCAUCUUGAAGACUCAAAUGGAACAUCUGGCUGGAGGUGUUGAACAGGAAGCUGAUGUAAAUUCAACAGCAGGGCCAUAUUCAAAAAUGGCAACAUCAAAAGAGCACAGGCCAGUUGACACGCAGCUACUUCCAGAGAUUGUAAACAUCACGUGUGAAGACACAGCCGAGAAGCACGGCAAAGGCCAAGAGAAGCCCGUGGAGAAGAAGCAGGAGAAACAAAGGCCGACACCUGAUUUUUCCUGUUUAUAUGACCUCAACAAGUCAGAUGAAGACAAGGAAAUUAUGAAAAACAUGGCUGCCCUGGAGGCUUGUCCUCCCAGUAUGACAUCCACACCAGCUGAGUCAUCCAGUAUUCAUACUCAAGAGCUCCCUCCUCUGGAGAAGAAGCCAAUCAAAGCUAAAAGGCCAUCAUGGGCUGAGGAGAUUAUGGGCUCCAAAGAAGAGGACAAGAAACAGAUGGACAAUCAACCCCAGGAUGAGAAUACCUCAUUAUCACAAGCUGAUGAGCACAAAUCAGCCCCCCUUGAAGUUCAAGCUAACAGGAGUUAUGAGGAGUCACAUAGUUCAGAAUGGAAUUCAACGGAGGCAGGCAUUUCGGAAGCCCACAGAGGGGAUACUGGCUGUGUUCAGAAAGAGCGUUCCUCUGACCACGUGUCAUCAAAAGCGGACACAUUUCCCUUGCCAGGCAGUGUCAGUGUAGAUACAACCAUAGAAAUAGAUUUACUAUCAAAUAUCAGUAAUCCUAUUUCUAUAGUGAAAACCAUGGAUGCCACGCCAGGAAGCCUAGAGACACCCCAUGUGGCUGAACCCCCUCCAUAUCAAGUUGUUGAACCUAUGGUCCAAUCCAGCUUGACAUUAGAGACCAUAGCUGAGGAUGCAGUGGCGCAGGCAGAGCUUCCCCUCUGGGAGGCCCUGGAGGAGAACGCUCAGGAUCCGAAACCAGAGCAGGACUCUGGAGAGGAGACGAUCAAAGAUGAAGUCCUCGGAGAGGAACAGGGGAAAGUCGAUGAGAACAUGCUAGUGCCGGGCGUAGAAUCACCGGAGACAGGCUCAGACAAAGCUGUUAAGCCAGAAGCUGGCAUUAGCAGAGAUGAGGGUCACAAGACAAUCACCUCCGAUGAAUCGGAGGUGUUCCAAAUGCCACCUACCCCAGAGCCCACACCCCAGUCCCCUGAAUCACUUCUAAAGGACACUAUUGUAGAGGAGGGUAAAGACAGUGAACCAUCAACUUCACCGUCUACAUCCCCUCGGCACCUCCCCACGAAGGUGUUCAGUAGCUCCACCAUGAAGCGCCCAUUGCAGAUAGACACGCUUGUGUCAUUGGAAGCGGCCAUUUCUCCAGCUGGAGAGUCAGAUUUAAAGGAAGAGGACCUAUGCGAUAUGAAGCGUCCUCCCAGCACGGGGGCUGUAGAGGCAGAGAAGCCUCUAUGGGCUGCUUUAGAAGAGAAAACUAAGGAGAAAGGGACAGAGGGAGUAGGCAUGAGCACAUUGGAGGCAACAAAGAGUACCUUGCAAACUGGUCGAGCGGUGUUCUCUUCUUCACCACCUGCUCCGCACGAGGUCAACCGCCCUGAUAGUGUGUCCACACAGCAGGCCACAUCAGUGGGGUCCCACCCUGCAGGACCUAUUACUGGAACCAUUGAACUGGAGCCACUUCCCCGUCGUCGCAGCAACAAAAAAAAAAGCACUCCUCCAGUGCCUCUUCAGGAAGUAGGCCCAGAGAGAGUUAGUCAAGACACGGCACCUGUUGCCAGUUGCCUGGCUCCACCAAAGCGAAUCAAAAAGAAAACUGUUCCACCACCCGAUAAUACAGAUAGUGAGGCAAUGGCACGAGAGAGCAGCAAAUCUAGCUUAAUAAAGGAGACUUUUAACACUGAUGCUAAAGAGGAAGACAUUCCAAAACCACUAAUCCUCGCCAUGGAAACGACUUCUUCCGAUAGCAUUCUGGUGACAGCCAGAGAGAAGGGAGCCAAUGACGAGCCUCAUCUAGCAAAGGAGGGUGAUGAUGAGAAAUAUGUCCCAGAGAAAGAUGUCUCUGUCAGCUCAGUGGUCCCAUGGCCUCUACGGCCCUCUCGACCUGGAACACCUACUACAUGUCCCAAGGUCCCUCACGUAAUCACCACGGAACCCCCCAAAGAGGACCUAAGCCUAAUUGAGGAGGAAAUGUUGCUGCUGGCUAAGAUUAGUCAGAUGGCAGGAGAAGAGCCAUCAGAUGUGCCUGUGUUUGUGCCUGUGCCUGCCACGCGCUUCAGGAAACGCCUGAUCCCCUCCUUCCAUGAGGACGACCCUUUUCUGAACCCAGAAGAUCUCCCAGCCUCCGAGGCCAGUGAGGAACAAGAGACUCCGUUACCAGUGAUCCCUCAGGAAGCCAGUCUAGACAGGCCUGAGCCAAACCUCCUAGAUCUAGAUGGAAGGAAAGGGCGGCAGGAAAUCAUUAGUGAGCCCUCCACCGUAGCCGUCUCCUCCUCAAAUCGUAGCCCAUCAGAAACGAUUACUGAGGUUAAUCCGGUGGUGGCAACCACUGAGGGUAUGACAUCAUCAGACUCUGCUGUGAACUCGACAGUCCGUUCAAAGGAGCCAGCGGAGGUUGAGGAAAGUAUCCCGAUGACAGAGACAGUGACAGAUGGGGUACCUGUUGACACAGGGUUGAAAGUAGACAGCGGUGCGCUCUCUACAGUUUACCGUGUCCCUGCCCAAGAGGAGCGCCUGUUAUUGACUGAAACCGGGGCAACAGUCCUCAUUGGGAAGGUGCCUGAAUCAGGGGUCGAGGAGGAGGAUGGUCUUGAGAUAGAACAGGAUGCUACUCUGUGCACUGUAGAUACACCAGUGGACGGGGUGGAUGAACAAUCUGAGACGGCUGAGGGGGGAAAGACGUCCGGUGACCUGGCUGUCCCAACGAUAUGCUCAGCCACCCUGCCAUCCGCACCAGACACCACAACCCAUAGGAACGACCAGCUCCCAGCCACCAGCCCAGGCAGUGAAGAACCACAGUCCAAUGGACAGACCCCAGCAGAUAAGGGGGUCACCUCUGGUCAAGUGUCGGACACGAUUGUACCUCCCCGUCGCAGCAAGAAGAAAACCCUUUCCUUUCCCGUGGUCCUUCAGGAAGUUGCCCCGGGGUCCUCCGCUACCACGGCGGACAAGGAUGAAGCCGAUACGAAAGAUGUGCUAGUCCUCAGCCGACAGGAGAUGUCAGGUCCACUGCCCAGUCCCGGGCUGGUCACCUCCAGCAAGUCUCUGCUGGAGUGGUGCCAGGAGGUUACGAAGGGGUAUAAGGGAGUGAGGGUCACCAACUUUAACACCUCCUGGCGUAAUGGCCUGGCUUUCUGUGCCAUCCUACACCACUUCUAUCCCGACAAGAUAGAUUUUGAGGCGCUGGAAACCAACGACAUCAAGCUAAACAACAAGAAGGCCUUUGAUGGCUUUGCCGCGCUGGGCAUCUCCCGUCUAAUGGAGCCCUCAGACAUGGUACUGCUCUCUGUGCCAGACCGCCUGAUCGUCAUGACUUACCUGAGUCAGAUCCGCACCCACUUUACGGGGCAGGAGCUGAGUGUGCUUCAGAUAGAGCACAACAGCAGCCAGUCCAGCUAUGCAGUGACUGAGCCCAGUCAGGGUUCCGACGUAGAUGCUGCUGCUCGCUUCUGUGCCCGCAAGCUACAGGAAGGUAGCAUCUCCCUGGAGGACGGUGCGACAGAACAGGCCUCUAAGCCCAAUGGGAGCCUAGUGCCACCGCCUCGGACGAAACGGUUGACAAAGGGGGAGGAGAAGGGGAGCGGAGCUGGGGGUUUGGAAGGGGGAGCGGGUGGAUCACAGACCCCAGUGCCUCCACCCAGGUCACACGCCUCUGCAGCGAAAUCCGGAUUUGGUCACGUGAGGGAUGCCGACCUGGUGAAGAAAAGGCGCUUGCGGCUGAAGAGUGAGUCUAUGGAUGAAGGGGAUGGGCUGGAGCAACAGAGUAGCACAUCCAAGAGCACAGAGUCAGCUGAAAGUGUAUCAGACAGAGCAGUGAAGAACGGCUCCUCAGAAUCAGAGACAAUGAGCCCAGUGCCUGUCCAGGAGUCCAGUGUCUCAAGCCAGGAGGAGGAUACUCUGCGUCUGCAGGACACCAGUCAGUAUGUGCUGAGUGAGCUGCAAGCCCUGGAGACUGAACAGAAGCACAUCGACAACCGAGCAGGCGUCGUGGAGAGGAGACUCAGAAGACUGAUGGAAUCAGGUAGCGACCAAGACGAGGAAGAGAAGCUGAUCCAGGAGUGGUUCACUCUGGUCAACAAGAAGAACGCCCUUAUAAGGAGACAGGACCACCUGGAGUUGCUACAGGAGGAGCAGGACUUGGAGAAAAGAUUUCAGCUACUGAAUAGAGAACUCCGAGCCAUGAUGGCCAAUGAAGAGUGGCAGAAGACUAAGGCCCAGCAACACCGGGAGGAGCUCCUGCUGCAGGAACUGGUCUCUCUGGUCAACCAGCGGGACGAGCUGGUCAGAGACAUGGACGCCAAAGAGCGAGGGGCCGUUGAGGAGGAUGAGCGCCUGGAGCGAGGGCUGGAGCUUAGACGCAGGAAGUUCAGCAACAAAGACAAGUGUGUGCUACAGUGAGAGAAGGGACGACAAUGACAAAUACCAACCCAUCCAGGAACUAAACCUCCACAAUCCCUGCUUCAUACCAAGCUCUCACUCACUCAGCAUCCUACAGUAUGAAACACCCCUAGGAACCUGCCACCCCAGCAACAAAUCCAAAGCCCUCUGCACCGAUGGGAUGAUUGUCAAGCAGUGUUUUCUCGCCUUAACUGGGAUUUUGGGACUGGUCAUUAAUGAUCAAUUACGUCCCCUGGGACGCUGGAGCUGUGUGCCUUCCCCUUUGGAGAUACUUGAACCAAAUUUCCCCCUGUACGGUGAAGGUCCCUCAUCCACUUCAAACUUUUGAUUGAAAAAAACGAGGACCUCUACAGUUGUCAAUCAAUAUGCCUUACUCUGUCAUUCAGUAGACAGAAAGCCCACUGUACCAACGUGUGUGUGUGUGUGUGUGUAUAUACCUUUAGUCCACCAAGAAGAUAAGUGGUUCCGUAAUUAAGUGCCUACUCUCACAUCUGUAAACAUGUCAUUGAUCUUAUCUGGUCCGACAAUAUACGAUAAUCAACUAUAUUAGAUAGUUUGUUCUUUGCCUUAAUGCUUUGGUGGAACUGGCUAUUAAAAGAACGGUCUGGUGGUUUCGCGCAAAAUAUUAAAAGGGCUCUGUACACAGGAGGACUGACCGUUCUGUGUUUUACUUUGGACACAGAUGUUUGACGACAGACUCAAGUUUGCGAGAGUACCACGUAUUGAGCUUUUCUGGUGUCGAAUGUGUUUUCAAUUUUCAAUCCUUCUUUUAUUUAUGGUUUGGACAUUUUGCAUGAGAAAUGUUUGGGUUCGGUGUGUGUCAUAUUGAGCAUAUAUGAACAGUCAAUCAAUCGACCCCGAAAUGAAAGGAAAAGAGGACAGUGAACAAAACGUGAGACUUUAGUUGUAGAGAGAAGCUAGUAGUACUACUUGGAAUGGUAUUUAUUGUCCUGUAUGUAUUCCAAGUAGUACUACUUGGAAUACAUACAGGACAAUAAAUACCAUCCUGUAAAUAUUAAUAUUUAUACUUUGUUAUAACCUGGCACUGCAGUUCUUUUCGUGUUUUUUUUGUUUGUUAGCAAAGACCUUUUAGUUUCACAUUUCUAUUAUCACAGAUGAUGAUGAUGAUGAUGAUGAUGAUGAUUUGUUACUAACCACUAGUCCAACGGAAAAUGCAACUUUGUCCCAGCCUCUUUUUAAAAAGAACAUUCGAACACGAUAUGUUUUGUUUAAACCAGGGAAUGAUAAAUAAUACAUUUUUGAAGUUUAAAAUGAAAUUUGGGAGUUUGUUUGAAUAAGUUUCCUCUAAUUUGUUGUCAUAUCUUUGUGGUACUUGUUCACUUUAUUUUCAUGGAGGGAUGUCAUUGUGUUCUGUGAAUGUCAUUUCUCAAUAUCUAUAUUAUCGUGAUCGUGCGCUAUUAUACUGAACAGAAUAUAAACUCAACAUGCAACAAUUCCAAUGAUUUUUACCGAGUUACACUUCAUGUGAAAUCAAUUCAUUAGGCCCUAAUCUAUGGAUUUCACAUGACUGGGCAGGAGUGCAGCCAUGGGUGGGCCUGGGAGGGCAUAGACCCCACCCACUUGGGAGCCAGGCCCACCCACUGGGGAGCCAGGCCCGGCCAAUCAGAAUGAGUUUUUCCCCACAAAAGGGCUUUAUUACAGAUAGAAACACAUUAGCUGUCUGGGUGGCUGGUCUCAGACGAUUCCGCAUGUAAAGAAGCCGGAUGUGGAGGUCCUGGGCUGGCAUGGUUUCACGUGGUCUGCGGUUGUGAGGCUUGGUUGGACAUAUUGCCCAAUUCUCUAAAAUGACGUUGGAGACUGCUUAUGGUCGAGAAAUGAACAUUGAAUUCUCUGGCAACAGCUCUGGUGGACAUUCCUGCAGUCAUGCAUGACAAUUGCACUCUCCCUCAAAACUUGAGAUAUUUGUGGCAUUGCGUUGUGUGACAAAACUGCACAUUUUAGAGUGGCUUUUUAUUGUCCCCAGCACAAGGUGGACCUGUGUAAUGAUUAUACUGUUUAAUCAUCUUCUUGAUAUGCCAAACCUGUCAGGUAGAUUAAUUAUCUUGUCAAAUGAGAAAUGCUCAGUAACAGGGAUGUAAACAAAUGUGUGCUCACAAUUGGAGAGAAAUAAGCCUUUUGUGCUAAUGGAACAUUUCUGGGAUCUUUUAUUUCAACUCAUGAAACAUGGGAACAACUCUUUACAUCAGUGGUUCCCAACCAGUAGUACUAGGACCCCUGGGGGUACUUGAAGACUCCUGAGACCAUAGGCUUACUGGUAAAAUGCACAUGAGGAGGUACUUAAGGGAGGCAGAGCGAAAUACAGUUGGUGGUACAGUAAACGAAAAUGGUAGGUAAACCCCUGCUUUACAUGUUGCGUUUAUAUUUUUGUUCAGUAUAUUUAUAACAUUUGUGCAUGAUGAAUAAAUAAGCCUCCUUUGGUAAGAACGUG